GCACUUCGAAUCUGACUGUUAGCGAGCACAACUGAAGUUUGGAUACAUUUUUGAUAGCUGAACAACAAAAUCCAACUAAAUUCUCCUCUGAGCAUGGACAGCCCACUGAAACAGCGCACGAAACCAAGGAAGCUUCACAAACCCAAGCUGGACGAGGAUCCAUCUCAGACCGUCGAAUACAAAAAGGAUAUCAUCGAUGAGGUAGCGGAUCAGUCAGAGGUGUACGAUUACAUGAACUAUCCCAGCAACAAGGCGAAGGGAAAACUCUCAAAGGGCGUAAAGCCUCUGAAAAGUGUCACAUUCAAGACGGUGGUGGAGCUGGUGACCUAUUCGGAAAACUGGAAGAUGAAGAUGAGCGAGAGCAGGCUGCGCACGGAGGAGGAGCAGCUCAAGCACUCCCUGAAACGUCGCAACUACUGACGAUCGCCGCUGAAAUUAUUGUUUAUUGUAAAGAAAUAAAUUGUUAUGUUCUGGUAAAAACUAUUUCAAGCAAGACUUGCACAAA